AUGUUCCGGCAAACCGAGCCACCAGUAAGAUUAAUGACUCGAAAACGAAAGACCAUCGAGUCUACACCACUCAUCACUGAUUUCUUUUCAACGGUCAAGCGUGAAAGAUCUCAAAUCCAGACUAAACAGACUGUAAGCCAAAAGUUAGAUGGUAUUUUGCAAACGAUGUUUGAAACCAGUAGAUGUACUUUUAUUUCAGAGAGUCUCGAGGAUACUCCGAUCCCACCACAACCGGAUUAUGAUUGUGGUCCAGCAUUUUCUUUGGAAGCACUCAGGACCCUACUUCAAGUUCCGUUAAAACCUUCGUUGAACGCAAUUCCUGACAAAAAUGCACCAGUCGGGCUUGAGAAUAUGCCGAAGAACGUCUAUUCAUAUAUUUUCACAGUUCUGGACAUGCGAUCUGUUUCUACUCUUUCGCUAGUAUCAACAAAGAUGUCUUCUCGUGUCAGAGGCUAUGUUUCAACGUAUGAAUUUUAUCGUCGUAUGCAAUUGGAUCAUCUCGAUUUCCUCAACGAGUCUUUCCGUCCCGACGACGACGAAUUUCUUGAGAAUGAUCCAUUCAUCGCAUGUGGUGCUCUCAUCAAAUCUAUCACCAUCACGCUUUCCACAGAAACUCGAGCGAAGGUUUUCCUUAACAUCUGCCGUAAUUUGCGCAACCAGCUCGGAGGAUCUCUACAAGGAUUUGGGAGAAUGUUGGAGACUGUCACUGAGAACUGGAAAUUUGAAGAGAGACGUAUCAUGAUCAAAGCAGCCAUUUUGAUUGAUCUCGAUCUUCGCCGUGCCCUCAUCAAAGUUUUAACUGCUGGUGCAGGACAUUUUGUCGGAUUGGAAAUGAAGGUUCGAUCUGGAUUGACUCAACUCUUCCUGACCAAUGAUCAAGAUGUAAACGAGAUGACGCCUAAGGAAGUUAUCGACUUCGGGGCAUGGCUGUCUAUUCUAUUGCGAAACGUGGUCGAAAAGCAUCAAGGAAGGCUCUACUACAUCUUGUUCGGACCGGCUAGAUCUUCGAAAAAAGGAGAGUUCGUUGAUUGGAGCUAUUUCUGUGAAGAAGAUCGCACCAAUAUUUCUCAGUUCAAAAACGAACCGAAUUACAAAAAGUUCCUCACGGCAUUGCUCAAUGGAGUCCGAGCACUUCGUGUGAUGAACAAUUCAAAAAGUACUGACAAUUAUUGGACUGGGAGGAAGGUUUAUCACAUGUUUCUUCGAGUUAUCGAAGCAUGUGAAGAGAGAGGCAACUGGUCCGAGUUAGCCUCAUCUAUGGCACUUUCUAUUGAUCCAUCCGGCCUGUUUAGCGAAUAUCUUGUCACUUGCCUGGAUGCUCGGCGUUCUGAUUAUACACGCUACAUGGUAGAGGCUGCUGAAAUGGUUUGUCUCGUGCGAAUCCACCUUUAUCGCUGGUCGUCUACACCAGCCACAUUCCUCGCAGAACCAUUACACCAUGCAUUCGGUCAUCUUGCGCAACAGGACGGACAUUAUGAUGGAUCAUAUAAACAAUUUCUCGAGUUGAUUUGGCGAGCUCAAAAAUUGCGUUUGAAAGGAUUGCUGAAGUCAGCUAAAAACACGAUCCAAUCAAGUGAUCUGAUUCGCGAAGAGCUCGAUGGCCAACUUUCAAUGACCCGGCUAAUGUGUGAAUUCGGGAACACAAUGGCUCUUAAUCAACAAGGUUUACAACUACCACAAGUCUUGGAUGCUAAUCGUGACAACUUUCCGAUUAUUGAUGCAGAUCCUCAUCCACUAGAAGAAGACGAACAAUUAGACGAGAUUCAUUAG